AACCAAUCAUCCCCUCAGCUUAUUCAAAGACCCUUUCCACCAUUUUCUUCUGUACAAAACCACACGCAAAACAAAACCAAAUCAGAAAAUAAAAGAUGGGAAGUUCAAGUGCUCUCAUCUCAAAUCUACACCUAACUCAAACUCACUGUUUCAAAUGCAUAAAUUCAAGAACUGCUCUAAAUAUUAACUCCAAAAGACCAAAAUUAAAUCUUUCUAGCAGAAAAGACUUGAAGAAGUUCAGUAGACUUGUUUGCUCAGCUGUUGAAGAUGCUAAAGAAAAGCAAAGAGAAAUUAAUGGUGCAAAUACUAGUAAUCUUGGUUCAGCUGUUGAAGAUAGGCCUGAUGUUGCUGAUGGCUCAAGCGAGAGUGUAUUUAAGAAUGGUGAAUCAGAUAGUGAAGGGAGUAUUGUUUAUGAUUUCCUUUACCCUAGUAAAGAGCUCCUACCUGAUGAUAAAGAAAUGACUCUAUUCGAUCAUUUGGAGGAGUUGCGUCAGAGACUCUUUGUGUCUGUUUUGGCCGUUGGUGCUGCUAUAGUGGGAUGUUUUGCCUUCUCAAAAGAACUUAUCUUGAUUCUUGAAGCCCCUGUUCUAGCACAAGGUGUUCGAUUUUUGCAACUAGGUCCAGGAGAGUUCUUUUUCACUACUUUAAAGGUCUCAGGAUAUAGUGGCCUUCUGUUAGGAGCUCCCGUGAUUCUCUACGAGAUCAUAGCCUUUGUUCUUCCUGGUUUAACAAUGUCAGAAAGAAGAUUCCUGGCACCAAUUGUCCUUGGAUCUUCAGUGCUUUUCUACGCCGGCAUUGUUUUCUCACACUUGGUUCUCACUCCAGCAGCCUUGAAUUUCUUUGUGAAUUAUGCAGAAGGGGCUGUGGAAUCCUUUUGGUCCAUUGAUCAAUACUUCGAAUUUGUGCUCGUACUCAUGUUCAGUACAGGAUUGUCUUUCCAGGUUCCUGUCAUUCAACUGCUUCUGGGACAAACUGGUCUUGUGUCGGGAGAUCAAAUGCUGUCGAUUUGGAGAUACGUGGUUGUAGGUGCUGUGGUCGCUGCUGCAGUGCUCACACCAUCAACUGAUCCUCUUACCCAAAUGCUUCUAGCUGGCCCCCUUUUGGGUCUUUACUUGGGUGGUGCAUGGAUGGUUAAGCUUUCUGGUCGAUAGAGUGAUUGUUGUUCUGUGGUCAAAGCUUAUGUUCUUUUGCAUCAACAUACCAAGAAGUAUUAGUAGAAUGAUCAUGCAUAUGGGAACCCAAAAUUCAUGUAGCAUAAAAAGGACAUUUGAGUGGAGGAUAUAUGAUCUGUUUUUUGAAUACCAUUUACUAUUGUCAUAAUCCAUGUAAAAUUAUCCAAUGUGUAUAAUUAGGAGCUUAGUUGACACUCCAUUCCCAAGUCAUUUUGAUGGAUCUUUUCACUAAUAUAUGAAUGAAAAAAGUCAUGGGCUAUCGUUUUCAUGUUAUA